AGGAAAGGGACAAUAGUGUGCGAAGUAAUUCUAUAUACAGAUACAUUAUUUUAAUUGUAUGUGUGUGCGCAGGAUGAGUUUGAGCUGAAAAUAAGUUGUGUUCUUCUACAAAUUGAUCUUGAAAAUUAGACCAAUACAAAGGUAAAUCAUCCGAUCGGGAUUAAAAUAUGAAAGAGUGAGUGAGAAAGGAGGUAGAGAGAGUUGAUGAAUUGAGUACGUGAGCACAUCAUCGUCAUUCAGAAAUCUAGUUUUGGAGCGUACAGUCGAUUUCUCCUAAUCUUCGGAAUUUGAAAAAUGGACGGUGAAAAUUUGGAUAUUUACCACAAUGGCGCUACAAAUGCUCCCAAAGGGAAAAAAGCUGUACAAAACACAGCGAGCGGAGAAUCGACUUCAAUGACAACCGCCGUUGCGAGCAAGAAGAUGAAGAAGAAGGAUAUGGCCCGCAAAAUCAAAGAAUUCGACGCAAUGGCAAACGAGCUGGAGGCAGAAAAGCUGCGUUCGGAUGAGCUUCGACGAGAACUGGAACGUAUUCGAAUGCAAAAGGAGCCGCUCGAAGAUGCCGGUAGUUCUGCGCCGGCCACUGAUAUUGAAAAUCAAAGCGUAAGUGACUAUAGCGCAAACUUCCGACCACACAGCACUCGGAAAGACAAAUCAUCUUUGGAGGAGUCCCGGUUCAUGUCGUCGAUCAACCAAUUAUCUAUCUCGUCGGUGAAUAUCCCUGAAUGCAUGCCAACAGGAGAAGAGGGAGAAAUACAUCGACAUGCAUUUGAGCAGUGGAAAGAUUUAUUGGAAGACUCCUUGAAACUGGCUGGAAUAUCUGAUGAAGCUACACAGUUUAUGAUCUUCAAGGUGAAAGCAGGGAGACGUUUGCUGGACAUUUACAAAAAUGCCAAAUCAGAUGAGAAUGCACCUGAUUUCGGAUCCACUCCAUUCUCAAAUGCGAUGUACCGACUGAAAAAUUUCUUCGGCUCCGGUUCGGACACUAUGUUCCAGCGACGAAAGCUAUCACUCAUGUUUCAGAAAUCGAGUGAAUCUGAUUCGGCCUACAUAACACGGGUUGGAACGACUGCACGGUUGUGCGAGUUUGGCGAGGAUAGAGAAUCGGAGGCAAUAUUGGGAACGGUUGCAGACCAUGCUCGAACUAAGGAGGUCCGUACAGCUGCUCUUAAAAUUUUACACCGCAAAGGAUCCUUUACGGACCUCAUCGAUAAGGUGCGUGAAAUCGAGUGCAUAAGGCUGAGCGAACAGUUCUUCAAGGAAAGACAGGAACCAAAGGAGCCGGCAAGCAUAGCGCCGGUUAGUGCAGACUUCCCACAUCAUGCUCAGCAAUACAGAAGGCAGAACUUCAAUGCUUCCGUUCUACGUCAACGUGGUUUAACUCGUGGAUACCCAAUGCGUCAAACAUCACGGAGGCGUGUCUCCAAUAACAUCAGAACCCCGUUUGUUCAUCAAGGCAACCAAAGAGCGCAAGGCACCAGGUGCUGGAGGUGUACCAGUGUUUUCCAUGAUGCCGCCAUGUGCCAUGCUAUUAGCAAAAUUUGCAGGAGCUGCGGACGCAAGGGUCACAUACAAAUUGCUUGUGAGUCAACAUAUCAUACGGGUACUAAACGGGAAUCUGAGUAUGACACAGCCACAUCCGAGGCACCUCCGCGCAAAAUUGCCGCAAUCCAGAAAGAAGAUUGUGAUGAUGUUCCUGUUGAAAAAGUAAGUGAUGAGAACGAGAAUUAAGUUUGUGUGUGAAGCCUUCUAAUACUUGAAGUUUAGACCAUUUAAUUUACUCUUCGAAAAGUUUCAUUUUUGUCAUUUUGUUAUUCAUAGCUUUGAGUUUACAAAAAAUGUUUAAUUUAUAUAAUUUGCAUAAA